AACGACAUAACGUCAUUGAUUAUUGAAGCACUAUAAAAAUAGCAGUAAGUAGAAGAUUAACGAUUAUUCUUUUUCAGGUUGAAUGUUGUAGCUGAAUUCUUUUAUUUGGUGAUCCCAUCUUUUAAAAAAAAAAAAACAAGAAAAAAAAAAUCAAAAAAAAAUCAACGAUUAUGGGAUUUUUAGCUUUGUUCAUGGUGGCUCUAAUGCCGGUGUUGAAGACGUUGAUGUUAACAGCGGUCGGUGUAGUUCUUGCCAUGGAUCGCAUAAAUCUGCUGGGUCCAACAGCACGACAUAAUUUAAACAAUAUGGUGUUUUACGUAUUUAGUCCUUGUCUUAUGGGCGCCUACCUGGCAAGAACAGUUACGGUUGAUGUUAUGAUUGACAUGUGGUUCAUGCCAGUAAACAUUUUAAUCACAUUUGUAAUCGGAUCAGCACUUGGAUGGAUACUGAUCAAGAUCACGAAAGCACCCCAUAAUUUGCAUGGCCUUGUUAUUGGUUGUUGUGCUGCAGGGAACUUGGGAAACUUGCUUCUUAUAGUCAUCCCAGCUAUAUGCAAUGAGCCAAAGAACCCUUUUGGAGAAUACUCAGUUUGCAUGGCGGAUGGAGCAGCUUAUGUUUCCGUUUCCAUGGCGGUAGGGGCUGUAUAUAUAUGGUCUUAUGUGUAUGUUAUCAUGAAAAUAUCAGCAGAGAAGACUAGCCGCGGUGAGAGAUUAGAUACGCAUCACUCCGUAGUGAGCAUAAGGUCUUCUAAUGCAGGAUCUGAAAAUACAGAACCAUUACUAAUUUCCAAGGUAGGAGGAACUGUGCCUAUGUUGGAAAAGAUGAAGAAGGGUGCAUUUGGUAUAGUCAGAAGAAUCAGAACCAUCAAUUUGCAAAUGUUAUUGGCACCAACUACUAUUGGAUCUGUGAUCGGAUUUGUGAUUGGCGUUGUCCCUCUACUAAAGAAGUUGCUAGUUGGUAACGGUGCUCCUCUUCGUGUUAUAUACAGUUCUUCCGAAAUAUUGGGGGGAGCAACAGUACCUUGUGUUACAUUAAUAGUUGGAGCAAACCUCCUAAGAGGGUUAAGAAGAUCGGGAGUAAGUGCGUCAGUGAUCAUAGGGAUAAUAGUGGUGCGUUACAUAGCAUUGCCUCUACUUGGCAUCGUUAUUGUUAGAGGUGCUCACCACUUUGGUAUGGUAGGAUCCAACCCAUUGUAUCAAUUUGUUCUUAUGCUUCAGUUUGCUCUACCACCAGCAAUGUCUAUAGGUACAAUAAGCCAACUAUUCGAGGCCGGGGAAGGUGAAUGCUCAGUGGUUAUGCUAUGGACUUAUGCUAUGUCGGCGUUAGCCCUAACCCUUUGGUCGACAUUAUUUAUGUGGCUAGUAUUAUAGGUUGUUUAUCUUUUUGCUAUGGUACAAAAUUAUUCCCUCAUAUCACAACCACGGAAGAAGUUGUAACAUUUGAGUAGUUUUAACGCCUAUUAAUUUCUUCAAGACUGGUCAA